CAAGAAAAAAAGUAGAAAGAACUCCUUUCUUCUCUGACUUCAUCUACUUUAGCAAUCAUGAGAAAACCUCCAGUUUCUAAACGUUUGCUGGUGUUCACAAUAAUUUCAGCCCUGUCACUGGCCAGGGCACAAUCAUCAACGACAGGCAUUCCACAAACAACUACAUAUCCAACAACAGCAGCAAUUCCACAAACAACUACAUAUCCAACAACAGGCAUUCCACAAACAACAACAACUGUACAGCCAUGGGCAGCACCAGCGAUAUUCUAUCCAUUUGGCUCAACGGCAGGAGAUACACAAAUAUCCGUCAAUGGUGUAUUUGAUGACUUCUCUAAUGUUGUCCUAUCCAGUCCAUUUAAGUUCUUUGGGCGCACAUACAACCAGAUAUAUGUUAAUAACAAUGGACUCCUUACGUUCAACCAAGAAUUACCAGAAGCUAACCCUUACCCCUUUCCCACCCAUGGAAAUGGAGAUUUAAUUGCUCCUCUAUGGACAGAACUUGAUGGCUAUGGGCUUGGGGUUUUCUCAUAUAAUCAGUACACAAAUGGAAGUGUACUCACUCGGGCCACUCAGGAUAUAAACCAGUAUUUCCCUGAUCUGAGCUUCAGUGCUACUUGGGUCUUUGUUGCAACUUGGGACUUUGUUCAAACUUGGGACGCAAAUACCUUUAAAGCUCAUUCAGGCCCAGCAAUCACUGUUCAAACGGUUUUAAUUUCAGACAGUGCAUUUUCCUUUAUUCUGCUGAAUUAUGGUGACUGUGGUGUGACAAAUUUUCCAGUGGAGGCUGGCUAUUGCACAAUAAACUCCACAGACUACUUUGUAAUUCCUGGGUCAACCGAUGGCAACUCCCUCCCAAAUCUCAAGGACUCCACCAAUGUAAAUGUUCCAGGCCGUUGGGCCUUCAGGGUGGACAGUACAACAGGAAGACAAUGGACAGCUCCAGAGACAUUCUAUCCAUUUGGCUCAACGGCAGGAGAUUUAGAAUAUUUUGUUGUUGGUGAUGAAAGCUCCUACAAUGUUGGCCUAUCCAGUCCAUUUAAGUUCUUUGGGCACACAUACUAUCAGCUUUAUGUUAAUAAUAAUGGACUCCUCACGUUCAGCCAACCUAUUACAGAAGCUAACCCUUUCCGCAUCCCGGCCAAUAGCGGUCUAGAUUUCAUUGCUCCUCUUUGGACUGAAUUUGAUGACUAUGGGAUUGGUGUGUUAUCAUAUCAACAAUACACAAGUGGAAGUGUACUCACUCACGCCACUCAGGAUGUAAACCAGUAUUUCCCUGAUCUGGCUUUUAAUGCUACUUGGGUCUUUGUUGCAACUUGGGACUUUGUUGCAACUUGGGAUGUGAAUUCUUUUCGUAAUCACUCAGGCUCAGCAAUCACAGUUCAAGGGGUUUUAAUUUCAGAUGGUGAAUUUUCCUUUAUUCUGAUGAAUUAUGGUGACUGUAGUACAAUAGGUUUUCAAGUGGAGGCUGGCUAUGACACAGCAAACUCCACAGACUACUUUGUAAUUCCUGAGUCAACAAAUGGCAACUCCAUCCCGAAUCUCAUGUACUUGAGUAAUGUAAAUGUUUCAGGCCGUUGGGCCUUCAAAGUGGACAGUGAAAUAGCACGGUCAUGGACAGCACCAGAGAUAUUCUAUCCAUUUGGCUCUACGGCAGGAGAUACAACAUAUGUUAUUGCUGGUGACGAAAGCUCCUACUAUGUCAGUCUAUCCAGUCCAUUUCUGUUCUUUGGGCGCACAUACAACCAGCUAUAUGUUAAUAAUAAUGGACUCCUUACGUUCAGCCAAUCUAUACCAGAAGCUGACCCUUUCCCCUUCCCUGCCUAUAGCGGUCAAGAUUUAAUUGCUCCUCUCUGGACGGAUCUUGAUGACUACGGGAUUGGUAUGAUCUCUUUUCAGCAAUACACGACCGGAAGUGUGCUCACUCGUGCCUCUCAGGAUAUAAACCAGUAUUUCCAUGACCUGAGUUUCACUGCUACUUGGGUCUUUGUUGCAACUUGGGAUUUUGUUGAAACUUGGGAUGUGAAUACUUUUCGUGAUCACUCAGUCCAAGCAAUCACUGUUCAAGCGGUCUUAAUUUCAAAUGGUGAAUUUUCCUUUAUUCUGAUGAAUUAUGGUGACUGUGAAGUGAUCUAUCCAGUGGAGGCUGGCUAUGACACAGUAAGCUCCACAAACUACUUUGUUAUUCCUGGGUCAACCGAUAACAACUUCCUCCCAGAUCUCAAGAACUCCACAAAUAUAAAUGUUCCAGGUCGUUGGGCCUUUUGUGUCUCAAAAGAUGAUGUCAUUGGACUUCAAAUGAGGCUUACGUCAUUUUCAGACCUAACAGACAAUGAAAACAUUCUGAUUUUUUUGGAGAACCUAAAACAAGAGCUGAGCAGUCGUGGAGUGUCAAGCAACAUAAAGCUGACCACCAGAAAAGUAGAAAAGACAAAGCCAUAAUGCCAGUUUUACACAGAGGGGAAAACCUUUUUUUUUUUUUAUAUAUCAGAGACCGGUCCAUUAAGUCUCUGACACCAAAAUUUCUUACAAAUGUAGAUGAAAAACCAGAUAAGAGACAGGAAUGUUGUUCCUCAGGUAUAGGAACUUGCAUAUGUGCUCGCCUUUGAUUUACUUUCUGUCUCUCAUACACAGAUAACACACACACAUAGUCACACAAAAGCACAAAUGAGUACAACUAUUGAAUUGAUAUACAAAAAUCAAGCCUCAAUGUGUAAUUGUAUUACAUUCAAUACAUAAUCAUUACAUUAUUCCAUUUUCAUUUCGAUCAGUUUGUAUAGUAAAAUUUAAGAUUGAAAAUGCUUCAUGAAAAGAAAAGCACUCUUAACCAUGUGCUGAUUUGGUACUUCAUCUUUUUAUCUUCAACAUAUAUCUUGAUUUAGCUCAAAUAAUCACAUUCAAUCGUUGUCUUUUCAUUGCCAGUCCCUGCUUAUAUAACCAAUUGCAGGGGUUUAACCUAAAUAAACAGAUCUAUAUAAUGUGAAAAGUGAAAUUGUAUACUGUAUAUUCUUUUAAUUAAAGCCAAUAUCCUAUCCAUGUUAAAACAAUAUAUUGCAAGUUCACUCAACUGUAAAUUACUCCUUAUUUCUUUUACCUUCCUUGAACAUUUUAAACAGUGAGAAUUACUGAUUGCAAUAAGACGUUUCUAGAGCUACAGAAUAACUUGUAUCGAAUGUUCUAU